AUGGCACGUGGCCUGCUGGAUGCCUUCAGAAAGCCUGAUUUUAACGUGGCUGCUUUUGUGCGGGAUGCUGGGCAGGGCGAUGAUACCUCCCGUUUGUCACAACAACUUCAAGAUGCGGCAGUGACCUUGGAAGAGGACCUCCGACGAGAGAUUGCUGCGUGCCACGAGGAGCUGCUGCUGUGUGCCAGUAGCAUCAAUGACCUCGACGGCCAAUUGGGUGAAGCACAUGAUAUCGUUGGAGCGCUGAAAACUUCAGUUGCUCGAGUUCGAGGCGAAAUAUUGGAGCCUUUCCAAGACAUCAAGUGGAAAGUUGAGCUACUGGAACGAAUGCAGGCGGUCAAUGUGCUAAUUCGCAGGGUGGUUCGUUUCCUUUGGGAUGCCAGGAAGCUACGAAGUCAGAUGGACGCUCCUGGAAAGGACUUUUCAAAGGCAGCACACACCUUGCAUGAAUUGGAGCUGCUAUUGCAGGAAAGUGGUUUGGACAAGGUGGACAUUUUGAGGGCUGAAGUCUUGUGGAUCCGCGAUGUGAGCGCGAAAGUGCGCCGCCAAUCGGAGGAGGACUUGAGAACUGGAACCCGACAAGGCAACCACAUUGCUUUGAGUGUUGCCCUGCAGGUGUUCUUCAACCUGCAAUGUCUUUGGCCAAUGCUAAAGAAGCUUCUCACGGAGCUUCUGGAAGAGGUGAGGCAAGCACCCCUUCCUGCGAGCUCCGGCUUUCACCAGGCGCUUGAAGUGAACCUGCAGGUCUUGGUUGCGCAAACGCAGCGUGUGCAUGCAUUAGAUGAGAUCGUCCAGGCAAAAGCAGAUCCCGUCACUCACAAGAGCUUCCAAUCAGUUCUGGAGGCUUCCAAUGUUAGCUCUCUAACGAGCCAUUUCUGGGCAGAGGCUGCAGGUGUCUUCAAGGCCAAGUUUGCCAAGGUGUGCCAGGACCGAGCCUUCCGUGCUAAGGCGGUGUCCGAUUGCCCCAAGGUCCUGCAGAGCUUGGUCUCAGCUGUGGAGAAACUGGGCCGCGGCAAGGUCAUGAAGGCACAGGAACGUGAGACCCUCUUUCAGUCGGCUGCGGAGCUGAGGAAUGAAUAUUUGGGAGAAGCAAUCAAGAGAAUCACAGAGCCAGUUGAGAUUAUGCUUCCAGACAAGUUGCUCUCAUCUCUCAGUGCUUCUGGUGAGCGCAUCACCGGCGAAGCUGCAGCAACAGAUGAGCUGCCAACGAUGCACGAUUUGCGCCGCUACGUCCAACUCCUUGUCACAGAGUUGGAGAGGGUGGAAUCCUGCCCAGAGCUGCUACUGAAGGAAAUCGUUCGCAGUGUGCGGAGUUCUGUUUUGUUCUUUGCCACUCGCUUGGAGCAGGUGGUGGACUCUUCAACGGAUAUCCAAUGCCUGCGCACUGAAGAUGGUCGACUACAGCUGAUCUCCCCUCCUCCUAUGCCAGCUGCAGGCCAUGCUCGCAAUGCGCGUUUAUUUGGCAUUGCCCACCACACUCUGAAUGCUCUCCGGGAGCUGGUACCACAACGCUUUCACCAUGCGGUUCUCACUGAACAGGUACAAAGCACCUUGAAACAAACUCAGGCUGCUGUUGUGACGCCGAUCUUUGGCAGCUUGCAGAAGAGCUUCACGAAGGCCGCUGUAGGCAGCUCUGCGGAGAAGAACGCAGUGUGCCAAGCAGCAAACCACUUGAGCCGUUACUAUUUCUCACUUUUUGGAGCUGGACAACUGCAGAGUUACAUCAAGGACUUCUGUGGCUUUGCAGUGCGAUGUUUCCUCUCUGCUGCUGCCUUGGUGAAGCCAUGUGGUGCCCCAGAAAGGAGUGUUUUAGUUAAGGACUUGGAGGUGCUUGAAGCGAUGCUUGCUACGCUAGAUGCUGACUAUCAGUCACGCAUCAGAUAUGAAGCUUCGGUAUUGAAUGAAUUCAAGAAGUUGCUGGCUAUUCCGGCAGACGGUUUAGAUUUGGAGGAGCUGACCAAUGUGAUUCCGAUGCAUUUGCUGCUGACCUACUUAGUGCAUCAGAUAGAGGCCCCGAGCCUGCCAGACUCCUUGAGGCUUAGCAGGGCAGCAUACCUGGAGGCGGAAGCUUUGCCACUCUGGGAGGAGAAAGCUCAGGCGCUAGACACUUUCAAGGUCAAUGUGGUGAACCUUUCAGACCAGUGCGAUCCCAGCAAGUCUCCAUUGAUCGCCUUCAUCCUUGCGAAGACCCGUUGA